CCACCCCACAGUUUCAAUUAUUCAACACGUGCCGCUCUCCCUUUCCACGCCGGAAAAUCCUCCUCCCCCCCCUCCCCUCUUCUUCUCUCUCAAUUACCGCUCGCCAAAUCAUCCCUCGACCGGAGUGAAUUUGAAACUCUAGAAAAUCAAUUUCUUCCCACCAGCCAAACGCAUUACCAAGCGCCUAUAAGUUCAAAUUGAAUCUAAUUAUCGUCUUUUCCAAGCAAAACUCCAACUGGGUCAAUCUUGACUUCUGCAAUAAAUACCACCUCCGUCGUGCCCACCAAGUGGAUUCGAAUUGAUUAUUUGGAAUUUUUUUGUUAUUUGCUUUUCUGAUUUUGUUUGGGGGGGUUGGUUUUGGAUAUGGGAGCGGUGACGUCAUCUAUGGCGGCGAAAUUCGCGUUUUUCCCGCCUAGUCCACCGUCGUAUGGGGUGGAGGAGGAUGGCGAGGAGGGUGGGAAGCUGAGGAUGACUGGGGUGGAAACGAGGGGAAACGUCGACGUUUUGAGGCUGAGAACCAAGAGGGGGAACGAUGUCGUGGCAGCGUACAUAAGGAAUCCCUCGGCGUCUCUGACGGUGCUGUACUCUCACGGCAAUGCGGCUGAUCUAGGUCAGAUGUACGACUUGUUCAGUGAACUCAGUUUCCACCUCCGAGUCAACUUGAUGGGGUAUGAUUAUUCGGGGUACGGGCAGUCUACUGGGAAGCCGAGUGAGCAGAACACUUAUGCAGACAUAGAAGCUGCAUAUAGAUGUCUUGUCGAGAAGUAUGGCACAAAAGAGGAGGAUGUUAUCUUGUAUGGGCAAUCAGUUGGUAGUGGGCCCACUUUAGAUUUGGCUACCCGGUUACCAAAUUUGAGGGCAGUAAUUCUCCACAGUCCAAUCAUGUCUGGCCUCCGGGUCAUGUAUCCGGUGAAGAGAACAUACUGGUUCGACAUUUAUAAGAACAUUGAUAAGAUACCCUUUGUCAAUUGUCCAGUUCUCGUAAUUCAUGGAACUGCAGAUGAUGUUGUUGGUUGGUCCCAUGGUAAGCAACUCUGGGAGCUCUGUAAGGAGAAGUAUGAACCGUUAUGGAUUAAAGGAGGGAAUCAUUGUGACCUGGAGCUUUUCCCACAAUACAUAAAGCAUCUCAAGAAAUUUAUAUCAGCCAUCGAGAAAUCACCACAUCGGAGAAUUGGAUCUGGGCCAAUUACAGAUCAACCUGAAAAUCCAAGGAACAGCACAGAUUGUAGAGAGAUAUCCAGACCAGAAAAUCUGAGGAAUAGCACAGAUUAUAAAGAGAAAUCCAGACCCAGCACAGACCGUAGAGAAAAGUCACGAAUGAGUACUGACCAGAGAGAAAAGCCAAGGUUAAGCACAGACCAUGGAGAGAAGUCAAGAGCCAAUGGUGAUAGGAGAGAGAAAUCAAGACAUAGUGUUGAUCGGCCUGAGAAAGUGAGUAAUGGCACAGACCAGCAAGAGAGAGCGAGGAACAGCAUUGACCGAUUUGGAGAGAUGGUGAGAUCGGUUGGAUUAUGCAAUAUUGAUUGUUUCAAACCCACUGCAACAAAGAUAUGAAGAAGAGAACAGAGCAGUGCACACAUGGAAGGUUGUAUUCGCUUUUAUUUUAAUUAUUUGAUUGAUCAAGGGGGUUGUACAAUUGUGUUAUUUCUUGUCCAUUUUCUGGAGGAAAAAAUAGGAAAUCAAUAUAAUCCAGAAAAUCAUCUCAUUUCAUUGUCAAUUGAGGUUAAUAAAUCUUACUCUGCUUCUGUCUUGCCCCCCCUCUACCCUCUCUCUCUGAGGCUCUGCACAUUUGCAUGUAGCAGUUUUUGUUCAUCAACUAUGUUGCAAUACAUAGUGUUUUCUUUCCAUA